AUGUUUGGGUCUUUACAGCAUUGUAAUACCCUUCUGUUCUGGUUGUACAAUAAUAUUCAUCUGCAUGCUCAGUGGGCUAUCACCACAGCACAAAGACUGCAUGGACGGAGCUCGGCGCCAGGCAUAGACAAUACACUCCACUUUCUACAAUACACCCAUCCCUCGACCUCGAUCACAAUGCCUCCUCUCCACCCAUCAUCUGCAGCGCCGAUAUCAAUACUCCGACAUCCUCUCGAACUCCGUUCCCUUCUACCAUCACUCCACGACCUUGCCCCACGCCUCCUAUCCCCAGACACCCCUCUCCUACCAACCAGGACGACACCAUUCUCCCGCACACUCGCAUCCCUACUCCGACGGCAAACUACAGUCACAGCGACCGCCAGCCCCAUCAUCCCCGCCACUUACUCCGGACUAGACUCUGGCCCCACACCCGGCACAGUAGUCGGCAUCGUCUUUGGCUCCGUUGCGGGCUUCCUCCUCCUCCUCUGGCUCAUAUACACAUGCUUCGGCUUGGGCGGCGGGGCCCAAGGCAGUUCAUCGGUCGUGGAAGAAGAAGUCAUUCGCCGGCGUUCCCGGUCCCCCCCCCGCCGAGCACCCUCACGACGGUCCUCUCCGCGAUCACCACGGCGGACGGUUGUUGCAUCCAGUGUGUCUGAAAGUGAAGUCGUGAUGGAAGAGGUUCCGCGAGAACGUACGCCACCGCCGCGAAGGAAUUCGAGUAGGAGGGCGGAAACCAUUAUUGUGGAAGAAACAAUAAGGCGAGCGCCUCCAGCACCCCAACAAGAUGCAUUUGUGGAGGUGAUUGAAGAGCAUGACGAACCACCACCGCGGAGGAGUAGGAAGGCGCAGGGUUUCACGCAUAUUGAUCCGGAAGCUCUCGGUGGAGGAGAUGGGAAAUUCAAGAGAGUGCCUAAAACCACGCUUCCAAAAGCCCUCUACGAAGAUCCACGGGCAGCUACGCUUUCUACGCCCUCUGAUACAGUGCUUCGCCCACAAUCAAGAUUGAUGCAACGGGCAUACCCGGAUCUUGAGACACGGCCAUAG